CCAGAGGCCCCGGGCGGCGGAAGUCGUCAUUUUCGGAGGCACGCAGCCCAUGCUGCGCACCCCGCGGUAGCCUCGCGAUGGCGAUGGGGGUGGAAGGCGGUGGUGGCGGUGUCCCGGAGCAGGAGGACUCGGUGCUGUUCCGGCGGGGCGCAGGCCAGAGUGAUGAUUCCGACAUUUGGGAUGACACAGCAUUGAUAAAAGCUUACGAUAAAGCCGUGGCUUCAUUUAAGCAUGCUCUGAAGAAUGGUGACAUUUCUGAAGCUUCAGAUAAACCAAAAGGCACACCUAAAAGAAAACCUGCUAAGAAGAAUAAAAGCCAAAAAAGGAAUACCACAACUUCCUUGAAACAGUGGAAAGUUGGUGACAAAUGUUCUGCCAUUUGGUCAGAAGACGGCUGUGUUUACCCAGCUACCAUUGCUUCAGUUGAUUUUAAGAGAGAAACUUGUGUUGUAGUUUACACUGGAUAUGGAAAUAGAGAGGAGCAAAAUCUAUCUGAUCUACUUUCCCCAGCAUCUGAAGUAGCUAAUGAUACAGAACAGAAUGCUCAAGAGAAUGAAAAUGAAAGUCAAAUUUCAACAGAUGAAAGUGAGACCUCCUCUAGGUCUCCUGGAAAUAAACCGAAUAACAUCAAGUCAAAAGCGGCUCCAUGGAACUCUUUUCUCCCUCCACCUCCCCCUAUGCCAGGAUCAGGACUGGGACCAGGAAAGCCAGGUCUAAAAUUCAGUGGCCCACCACCACCACCACCACCACCACACUUCCUGUCGUGCUGGCUGCCUCCAUUUCCUUCUGGACCACCAAUAAUUCCCCCACCUCCUCCUAUAUGUCCAGAUUCUCUUGAUGAUGCUGAUGCUUUGGGAAGUAUGUUAAUAUCCUGGUACAUGAGUGGCUAUCAUACUGGUUACUAUAUGGGUUUCAAACAAAAUCAAAAAGAAGGAAGGUGCUCACAUUUUAAUUAAGGAGUAAGUCUGCCAUCAUUAUAAAAAUGAAUCUUUUGUAUAAAUGUAUAGUUUGUGGAAAACAUUUUUAAAAUUGUUAAAAAGUAGAAAAGUUAAUAUAAAAUAUUAAAGACAUUUUGACACCACAACUAUUUGACAAAUGGUUUAUUUAUAUCCCCUUUAGAAUUCUCAGGACAUCAAAGUAUCAUCUCACCAAAUACUUGUUGGUUGGGAGUGUGGAAAGAAAAACAUACUUUUCAAUAAAGAGAUACUUAGAAUUAGUGAUGAAUCUUUUCUUCACUGUGGUCAGGCAGGCAUACUUGCUUUUUGAUUUUUGGUGCAGUAUGCAAUACACUCACUGUGUUACCUGUUAAGUGUUCUGGUCAAAAAAAGUGUGACUGGAAUUUAAUCAAGCCUUUAAGAUCUACUUUCCCAUUUACUAGAUAUACUGGGAAUAGAGCAUCAAGUUAAAUUAACACCACAAAAGAAAUGAUCAGACAGCUCCACAAUGGGAAAUAUAACUGGCCUUAUUUCUUCAAAACGUCAUUGUCAUGAAGGAAAAAAUAGCGCAGAGUGGGUAACUAGAUUAAAAAUGGCUUAAGAGACACAACAGCGAAAUACAGUAUGGCAUCCUUGAUUGGACCCUGACUUGAAAAGACUUGGGAAUUGAAGAAAUUUGAAUAUGGAUUGGAUUUUAAAUGAUAUUGGAUAAUUAUAGCUAAUUUUAUGAUCUAUGAUAAGGGCGUUAUAGUUUAUAGAAAAAUAAAUUUACAUACUAAAGUAUUUAGAAGUGAAAUAUAGUAUCUCAAUAUGUUAUUUAAUGAUUUAACUAUGUAUAUAUGUGUGCACGAAGCAUACAUGGCUAUAAUUGAAUCUAAAAAUGAUGUGUACAUCGAUGUUUAUUGUACUGUUUUUUUUCUAUUUUCUGUAUGUUUGCAAAGUACAUAAUAAAAAUGUUCAGUAUUUUAAAACUAAA